AUUUAUGUAUUUUUAUUUAAUAGUUAUAAAUCUCAUAAACUUUUAAGGUGCAAUAAAGCCUGUCAAAUAAGAAUAAUUGCGUGAUAUCAUUUGACAAGUGACGCUGAUGAGCACGUACUAGUAAUAUAACUAAUAACAAGAACAAUUUAAAUUACAUUAUCCUUAUGAAAACAACAAUUACAAUAUGAAUCAAGGUUGAUAAAUAAUCAUGGAGCCAACAGCACAUCAUGACACCCUUAGAACUAAGCAAUUAUAUGGUCACUACUUACUGCUCAUCAUCAUAUAAAUUGUUUUCAAAAGGCCGCCCACUAUAAUAAAUCGUUUUGCUUUCCGCGUCUUUUAUUAAAUACUUAUACUGAGAAAUAAUCAUCUGUAACUCAUAAUUAUAUCCAACUCAUGUAGAAACAUGUCAUUUGUAAAUUAUUAAGAAAUUCUAUAGACAUAUGGUAAUUCAAUCUCAUACAUUCAACCCAAGUUGUAGGUCAAACUUAGCUCCAAAUAUCUCUACCAUAUGAAGUAGAAUAUAAAAAUACCCGAAGCACAAAACGUGUGGCAUAUCAUAUAGAUUAUUACGAUAAUCCUCUUGUACCUAUAAGUUAUAUAAAAAAUAUUCGUGUGGCAUCUCCCUUUGGAUGGUAAUUUUUAACUCGGGAAAAUUGUCUGUAAUUACUGUUAGUAACAUGACAGGUAUUCGAAUAAAGAAUCAGAGCUGAACAGGAUGUACUACUGUCUGCCAAUCAAAUGUCGUACACAACGAUCUCAUUUCCUGUGCAUAAUCAUUUAUAUUCACUGCAAUAUCACUCACCUUAUACACGCGGCCAUGCUCCGUAUAGCAGUUAUCAUAUUACCAGCUUUAGUUAUAUGUUCCAACAAAGGGAACAUACAUCUACUUGAAGAAGAAAUUGCCGAAGCGAUAAGGGCUUGUACACACAAUGACAGCGAGCAAAUUGUUAAACGAUAUAAUCGUUCUAAUAGGAACAUGUCAAAUCAUUACCAAUAUCCCCAUAUCGAUAAUAAAAAGAAUUCUAAUCCCUACCAUCAUGAGAGACGUAACACAAGUGAUAUGAUGACACCAAACAAUGUCACCUCUAUAUCAGACAACGAUUUAUUCGGAUUUGCCAACGAAUACGAAAACCAGAAUAACACCGGGAGAACUAAUUUUGGUAAUAACAACAAUAACAAUAAUACUUUUAAAAGAAGGAAUAAAAGAGAUGAAUAUCAACUGAACAAGAAUGAAGACGAUCAGUGUCUCAAUCAAUGUGUGUUCGCUAAUUUACAAGUGGUUGACUCACGAGGCAUUCCUCGUGAGACAGAACUUUGGAAUAAGAUCCAAGCAGACGUGACGUCACAGCAUUCGCGCAUCCUUCUACAGGACCAAAUAAGAUUGUGCUUUCAAGAACUACAAACUGAAUCAGAAGACAAUGGCUGUUCUUAUUCAAAUAAAUUAGAGCGUUGCUUGAUGCUACAUGUCUCUGAUCGGAUGAAAGAAGCUGAUAGAAUGAAACAAACUUGACAAUUCACUAUUCGAAUCAAACUAAAACAACUUGGAUAACGGAAACUGGCAAACUGCAUGUUUAUUGAUAUUGUUUAUGUAGAUGUUAUUAUAGUACUAUUUAUCCUCAUAUUUAAUUUACAUAAAUAAAAAAAUAUUUUACCUUGUAGUACAUAUUUGCUAGUAUUUCAAAUUACUUUCUUAUUAGUUGAUACCUGACUAAAUACUAUAUCCAAACUAUGUACUAUAUACUAUGUACUAUGUACUAUAUACACUAUGUACUAUAUACAAAUAUAAACAAUAAUAAUGCCAGGAAAUGAAACUUUAUUACACAUCCAUGACUUACAGAUUCAACCAAUGUUUAUAUAGAAACAUAAUAUUUUCUGACAUGUCAUACAGACAAUAUGUUCACAUUAUCUGUUAAACUUUAUAAAUAGAGAACAACUGGAUAUCCCGGAUAAGAGAAUGGUUGAGGAUGAAACACAAUAGGGUCGUCUAGACUUCUAUUUGCCAGCUCAUGUGGUAAAAUUUGUCUUGGUAAAUGUAUACUAAGUGAUAUUGCACUCUGAAAUGUAUGAAUAAAAUUUUGUAACACAACUUGCUAUACUUAACAUUACAUUUGUUGGCUAAUUUCAA